AUGCACAAAGAGGUGGGGUGUACUAAUAGAAAAUGUAUUGAUUUUUUAAAUAGUUUUACUGUAAUAUAAAAUCCCUUUGGAGGCUCAGAGUCUGGUAUUUAAUUUUAAUGUGUGCCAGCAUCACUGUAAUAUUCUAACAGGCAUUGUAUUUUAUAGGGUGAUUUCACAAUUUUGAUAAAAAGAGUUUGGUUUGGUUUGGUAUAUCUGUGAGUUAGCAGUGCAGGGGAGGGGGAUUUCCCAAAUAUCCCACCCAUCAUGGUACCCAGGACAGAGAUGAUGCGUAAAGGAAUGUCGCAUCUCUGGGAUGCGUCCAGCGCGCGCACAUUAGAUGGCGCCUCGUGUGUGUAGUGUAGGGUUAAUACCGACUGAAGGGGGCGUGGUUUAGAUGAAUGAUAACCGCCUCACUGUAGUCAACUGUAAAAAAAAAAAAAAAAAAAAAACGACAACAAAAAUCACAGUCCUAACAGGUCCGAGAGCUGGUAUCUCUGCGGAGAAAAAGCCGCCGAACGUGCGCAGCAGCUCUCCCCACUUCCACCGGAGGAAAUUGGUUGGCGACGGCUGAUCUGAAGGAGGUGCGACCUGAAAUGACUGUUUGAUCGUCCCUCUGCCUCGCCUCCACGCGCUGAACCACGGGGAGGUUUCGGUGCAGGAGCGGAUGAAACAACAGCUGAGAGGGUCGACGGAUAGAAGGUGAACGGAUGGGAUAAACCAGCUGGAAUUGUCGGUGAAGUGAAGUCAUUCAGGGGAGCGCAGCCUGGCUGGUUCAUCAGGAUUGCGACUGCCUUACGUAACUGAGCUUUGUGGAGGCACUGGCAGGCAAACUGCUGGUCUAAUCACAGUGGGGAAACGCAGGUGAAGGGAGACGAGUACAAUCACAAGUUUGUCCAUCCACUCAGCAUGAUCGGUGAAGACGCUGUCUCCCAUCAGCAGUGAGUACACCGAGAUGAACGAGGGCCGAAGGCAGGGAGGAGGGGCUAUCACUGUGGAGGCUGAUGUCAUCCUCCACACCGUGAACCCUGGCCUUGUCACGCCUUCUGACAGAGAUGGGAAUUUAUGUCCAGGUUAUGUCCAAGGAUUCCUGCAGGACGACCAGGAUUUCAGCCCUCCCCCUGUGUUUGAGAAGGAAUACCUGUUGGACGGAAGACUGAUGGAGAAUAACCAUAUCGAUCAUCAGAAAGGUAACGGCUCGUACAUCUCAAGAGCUGAUAAGUUUCACCUCUCCAGUGAUAAGGGAACUCCGGAUUUCCCUCCUCACGCUGACUCCGCUGUGUCCAAUCACAUUGCUGGCAUGCAUCAAAAUUGUGCAAGCAGUGAAACCCACAAUGGCGCCAGACCUAAAGUGUCUUACAGUGCAGAUUCCUCCGUAGGCUUGCCCAGCCAAGCCAAACAGGAAACUGAUUGGUCAGUCCUAAAAUCGAACCUCGGGCGCAGGGACAGCAGCCAGGAAGCUGAAAAUACACAGUCUGAAAAAGAGCCUGAUUUAGUCAUCGAAGUCGGCGGCCAGACGAUCAACGCUCACAAGUCUGUCCUGGCAGAGAAGAGUGACUACUUCAAAGCACGCCUGUCUCGAGACAUCCUGAAAGUGAAGGGCAUGAGUUACAAGACUUUGUCUACAUUGAUAGACUAUGUUUACACUUCUCAGAUGAAUGUUUGCAAGGACAACGUUGUAGAUGUCAUCACGGGGGCUAAAAUCCUCCAGAUCCCCUGUGCCGUCCAGGCGGCGAUGGACUCCAUGUCUGCACAAAUCACUGCAGAGAACUGCUACGAGAUUGUGACCAUCGCCAAAAAGCAGCGACUUAGUGAACUGAAGGAGACCGCCUACGGAUUCAUGAGCGACAACUUCCUCCAGAUCCUCAAAGACCCCGCUGUGUACGGGCGCCUGACUGGAUCGGAGCGGGAUCUGAUCCUGAGGAAGAGAAUGGAGGGGAGGAAGACUCUGAUGGUGGCGGAGAUAAACGAUGUGUUUGACCGUGUUGGGAGCCGGCCGCCGAGCCGCUGCGGCAGCCGACCACAGAGCCCGUUGUCGGUUGGGUCUUUGGAGGAGAAUCAUAUGAUUUACUACUUUAACGAAACAGCAAAUGACUGGAGGCCUUUGACUGCGAUGCCUGAGGACAUAAACACUAAAGGGUGCGGGAUCUGUACCAUGCACAACUACCUGUUUGUGGCAGGGGGAAUAAAGGGGUAUGGGGACAAGGGCAAGGUCUCAGACAAGGUCUUCUGUUACAACCCCAUAACCAACUGCUGGACUGAGGUCAGACCUCUGAACCAAGCUCGUGCCCAGCUAAAGCUUGUGUCUAUGGAUGGCUACUUGUACGCCAUUGGAGGGGAAUGUUUGUUUACAGUGGAAAAAUAUGACCCUCGCAUGGACCGCUGGACCACGGUGGCCCCCUUGCCCAAGGGAGCCUUCGCAGUGGCUCAUGAAGCCACAACCUGCAGCGGAGAACUUUACGUUUCAGGAGGCUCUCUCUUCUACCGCCUUCUUAAGUACGACCCCAAGAGGGACGAGUGGCAGGAGUGCCCCUACAACAACAGCAGGAAGAAGUCCACCGACAUGGUGGCUUUGAAAAGCUUCAUUUACCGCUUUGAUGUCAACCGCGAGCAGGGGAUCACCGUGUUCAAGUACAACACCAUAGUGAAAAUGUGGCAUGAUUGCUCAUCACAGAGGCUUGGAAGUCAUUUACCCUUCAGGUGUGCCGUGAUUGGGAACUGCAUCUACUGCGUGAACAAAAGCCAGACUCUUCAGUUUGUAGUGGAGGAGGAGAAUGCCUACUUUGUUGAGGAGCCGCUGAGGGCGCCUCUCGAGGCAAAAGGCGUUCUUUUUCCUUUUGUUCUCACUUUGCCUGAAAAGCCUGAAAAAGUUACAUAGUGUGCGUGUGAUUCAGAAUAACACAACAAAUGUGUCAUAGCAAAACUGGAAUAAGCAGAAGACCUUAUAUACACUCGUCAAUGUCAGCUUUCUAUCACAGUGUGUCAUUGCCUGCUUGCAAUGGAAUGUGUGUAUUUGCAUGGCAAUUUAAUGUGUCUGCAAGUUUAAGCCUUAAAAGGAAAACUUUUUUUUGUUGUUGUUGAAUGAAUGCAACAAUGCAACAAUCUGUAUCUGACGGUAGAUAAUGACCUGACGAAAGUGACUGUAGCUUAUUGUGUUCAGUUUUGUUUGGUGCACUUUUGUAGUUAGAAUAGAUAUUAUUUAGAACUUAUUAACUAGUUGACUGGUGACUUUGGUAAUAAAAACAAGUGUUUUGUUGAAAGUUUAAAGUAUUAAAAAAGAAUGGAAGCAGUUGUAGUGCGCCUUAUGAACGAUGCAAUGCAGGUUCUAUGCAAAUGAGACAGAAUAUCACAGGUGGGUCUGCUGUAAUGCUGUGCUAUGUAAUACUUACUAUAAUGGGAAUCUGACUUGGAAGGAAUACAGUAUUCCUGGAACUAGGGCUGCAAUUAACGGUUAUUUUCGAUUAAUUGUUUGGUCAACAAAAUAAUAGUGAAACGUUAUUAUUUCCCACAGCCCAAGGAGAUAUAUUCAAGUGUCUUGUUUUAUUCGACCAAAGGUCCAAAACCCAAAGAUAUUUAGUUUACUAUUAUAUAUUAUAAAGGAAAGCCUCAAAUUCUCACAUUUGAGAAAGUAGAAACAGCAAAUGUUUGGCUUUUUUGCUGGAAGAAGUUAUUAAAAUGAUUAAUCAAUCAAUUACUUUCUGUCGAUCGACUAUUAACCAAUUGUUGCAGCUCUACCUCAAACCCUGAUCUGCACUGGCUUUAUUAUAAUUUAUAUUAAAACUGUGAACCAAGGUCAAAUUCUACACAGUAAAAAACUGGUUUUAUAACCAGUAAAAAACUGUAUCAGUCUUAUACCACACAAAUAUUCCCUUUGCAAAGCAUUUAAACAGCAAGUUGUAAUUCAGGGAUCCUUUUCAGUCUAAAGCAAAUUCUGCAUUUCAACUCAAGAAGCUAAAAACAAUCUUGUCAGAAAUCUAACACAAGAGGCUUCAGAGUUUUGAAACAACAUUGGAAACUGAACUGAUUUAGGUUUAAAAGUACAUAAAUAACACUUAUUUUUAGAUUCAGAAUAUGCUUUUUUGCUUAUAGUGAAUACUCACAGGUGUCACAGUUCCUACAUUUAGCACGUUUGCCAAAGAUAAAUAACAAUUCAGUCAGGCUUAAUAAUACUAUCAAAUAAACUAUCAAAACCGGCAAAGACUUGCACAUCUUUUGUGGAUUGAAGCGUUCCUCUGACAUCACCACAGUCGAGUUAAACUAAAGCAAUAGUUAGUUUGCUGCUAACAGACACUUUCUGGGAAGUUAAAGGAAAGCGAGCCAUUCAGAAUACACAAAGAUGCAUCUCUUAUUCCCUGUAUGAGUUUAAGGAAACAGCAACAGACCCAUGUUCAACUGCUAGCAGGUUUCUUCACUGGCUAGGUCCAGCCUGUCCUUUAGGUCAAAGGUCAAAUCAGGCAAUGGCCCUUACUGCUUCCACAAACAAGAUGCUCUGCUGUCAUGACACUAACAAACCAUGUUCUUCUUGCAUCAGUGCACAUUAAUACCAAUUUUGCUCUGAAUUCUCUUCUUUUAAACAUUUUACAGUAUUUGUUUGCUGCUGCAAUAACAGUGGGAGUUUUGUAUGGAAGCUAAUGCUGAUAUAUUCUUGGAACAAAUUGCUUUUGAUAACGUUUGUAGAAAUGUCUCCAAGCAGUCAAUGUGAUUAGGACAAAAUGGAUGUGGUUUUGAUAUUUUGCUGGCUGGCAUCUGUAUUUUUGUGAAUUUUUGUAUGGAUUUAGUAGUUUUGGAUCUGCUGCUGUGAUGGACAGUAAAGUAAUGCAAUGCUAGGCAAUGGCCUCCUGUUCAAGGCAUCUGGAGUGGACUGACAAAUUAGCUGUUGGAUAAGUUCAGUCAGAACUAAGUGCUUCAAAUAAAAUAUUUUGUGUCUGAAAAUGA